AUGCCAUCAUCCAGUCCACGCGACCUCCGCGACUGCGCCAUUGGUGCUGUUAUCAGUGCAUUUGGUUUCUGCUACUUUGUCAUUUUCUUUGCUCAAUUCCUCCUGUUCCAAUUCCCUACAACCCAGGAGAUGAUCACUGAUGCGAUUGCGGUGACCGCAUUCAGCUUAUGCCUUAUAAUCUGGUAUCUAGGGGUUGAAUUCCAUUACACCCUCAGCGCGUUGGGUGGCCGAGAUCUGGUGGGAUACGAAAGGUCGAUCUGCCAGAGUGGUCUAUUUCUCAUAUGGGCGGCUGCGUUGCCUACCGUUGUCUUCUUGUUUCCAAAGCAGCCCUUCUUGCAGCUGGGCUACACGUCGGCAUUGACUCUGGUGGUUGUCGAGAGGAUGUUACCGAGCACCAUAUCCGGGGACCAAGGAGAUACCGAGUCGAUCCGGUAUCCCGGAUACAUGACAGCUCUCGUGCUGUUAUGCUCGGUGCCAACAAUACACGCACUCGCGCAGCCGGCGCCGACGGCAUCGUUAUUACCAACUGCCUUCCUUUGGUUCCUUGUGACAAAUGCUUUUGGCGUAGCCAUUCUGCUUCUUCGAUCUUUCGAGCGAGCAGUUGGUAUUUCAAAGUGGUAUCUCAGCCUGCACGGAGCGCAUAUGGUCAUGACGUAUAGUCUGGUGACCUACUCGAAAGCCGUUUUACAGGCUUUUGCUAGCUACAACUCCUAG